GCAGCCUUCAGACCAACACCAUCACUGGUGGACCAUUUUCAAUUACACGCGACUGGAAUAACUAGCAUGUUGGUCUCAAUUGUCCUUCUAAUCUUAUGGAUUUCUACCGUGGGGGGACAAGUGAGACAUUGUGAUUUUCCAAAAAUAAACCAUGGAAUUUUAUAUGAAGAAAAGAAAUACAAGCCAUUUUUCCCGCUUCCUAUUGGGAAUUUUUUCUAUUAUUCCUGUGAAUAUAAUUUUAUGUCUCCUUCAAAAUCCUUUUGGACUCGCAUAACAUGCACAGAGGGAGGAUGGUCACCGACACCAAAGUGUCUCAGACUGUGUUUCUUUCCUUUCGUGGAAAACGGUCGUUCUACAUCUUCAGGACAAACACACCUGGAAGGCGACACUGUUCAAAUUGCCUGUGAUAAAGGCUACAGCCUCCCAAAUAAUCAGAGCAUCAUUGCAUGUGCAGAAGGUGGCUGGUCCUCCCCUCCUGAAUGCAUAUCCACCAAAAAAUGUUUAAAAACUGAUAUUGUAGUUGGCAAUGGGUUUUUGUCUGAAUCAGAAUAUGCUUAUCCCAUAAAUAGAGAAACACAAUAUAAAUGUAAACCAGGAUAUGCAACAGCAGAUGGAAAAACGUCAGGGACAGUUCAGUGUUUGCAAGGUGGAUGGUCAAUUCAACCAAUUUGUAUUAAGUCCUGUGAUAGGCCGGUAUUCGUGAAUGCCAGAAACAAAGGUAAGGACACGUGGUUUAAGCUCAACGACAGGCUGGACUACGAAUGCCACGACGGCUAUGAGAACCGGGAUGGACGCACCACAGACUCCACAGUGUGUGGUGAAGACGGCUGGUCCCAUUUGCCCACAUGCCAUGAAAUAGAAUGUCAUCUUCCAUUUUUGGAAGCAAAUGUAGAUGCUCAUCCAAAACAAGAAAAGUACAAAGUUGGAGACGUGUUGAAAUUCUCCUGCAGACAAAGACUUAGAAGAGUUGGGCCGGAUUCAGUUCAAUGUUACCAAUUUGGGUGGUCACCUAAUUUUCCAACAUGCAAAGGGCAAGUACAGUCAUGUGGUCAACCUCCUCAACUCCCCAAUGGGAAAAUCAAGGGCAUAAAACAAGAAAAGUAUGAACACGGUGAAAUGGUGGAAUAUAAUUGCAAUCCUAAUUUUCUAAUGAAGGGACCUAAGAAAAUACAAUGUAUGGAUGGAGAAUGGACAACUUUGCCCACCUGUGUUGAGCCAGGGAAAACAUGUGGAUUUAUACCUGAACUUGAGAAUGGCUUUGGCCAGCCCUCUGUCCCUCCCUAUCAACAUGGAGUUUCAGUGGUGUUGAAUUGCAGAAAUACAUAUACAGUGAUUGGAAAUAAUACAAUUACUUGUAUUGGUGGAAUGUGGACUGAGCUUCCUAAGUGUGUUGCUACAAACCAACUUAAGAGGUGUGAAAAACCAAGGCUUUAUGCAAGAGGACUGUUAAGUUCAUAUAGGCAUGAAUUUAAUCAUAAUGCCAAAAUAAAUUACAAAUGUACUGGGAAGGAUACAUACGUACAAACAGUCUGCAUCAACGGGAAUUGGGACCCUGAACCAGACUGCAUAGGAAAAAAGAAACAACUCUGCCCACCUCCACCUCAGAUACCUAAUGCUCAUAAUAUGCUAACCACAGUGAAUUAUCAGGAAGGAGAGAAGGUAGCUGUUCUCUGUAAAGAAAACUAUGUACUUCAUGAAGCAAAAGAACUUGUGUGUAGAAGUGGACUAUGGCAGUCAUUACCACGCUGUACCGAGUCCACACAAUACUGUGGGCCCCCUCCACCUAUUAACAAUGGAGACAUCACCUCCUUCUCCUUAUCAGUGUACCCUCCAGGAUCGACAGUUGAGUACCGUUGCCAGUCUUUCUAUGAGCUUCGGGGCUCCCUGAAUGUGACGUGCAGAAACGGACAGUGGUCAGAACCACCCAUAUGCAUAGAUGCAUGUGUCAUAUCUGAAGAUAACAUGAACAAAAAUAACAUACAGUUAAAAUGGAGAAAAACCCAAAAAAUAUAUGCAAGGACAGGCGAUGUCAUUGAAUUUGAAUGUAAACAGCCACAUAAAGCGAGAACAUCUAUACAAUCAUUUCGAGCCGUCUGUCAGGAAGGGAAAUUUCAAUAUCCUACGUGUGAAUGAAACAAGCACAGCUUCCCUGGAUGUACUCUUAAAAGUAAUCUUACAGAUUCCACAUGUAAGCGAUAUCAUAUAUUUGUCUUUCUCUGACUUACUUCAUUCGGUAUGACAAUCUCUAGGUCCAUCCAUGUUGCUGCAUGCUCAAUAACAACAAAAAAAAUCCCAAUCAAAAAAUGGGCAGAAGAUCUAAAUAGACAUUUCUCCAAAGAAGACAUACAAAUGACCAAAAACACAUGAAAAGAUGCUCAACAUUACUAAUUAUUAGAGAAAUGCAAAUCAAAACAACGAGGUAUCACCUCACACCGAUCAGAAUGGCCAUCAUCAAAAAAUCUACAAACAGUGAAUGCUGGAGAGGAUGUGGAGAAAAGGGAACCCUCCUGCACUGUUGCUGGGAAUGUAAAUUGGUACAACCACUAUGGAGAACAGUAGGUUCCUUAAAAAACUAAAAAUAGAACAACCAUAUGAUUCAGCAAUUCCACUCCUGGGCAUAUACCCAGAGAAAACCGUAAUUUGAAAAGACACAUGCACCCCAAUGUUCACAGCAGCACUAUUUACAAUAGCCAGGACAUGGAAGCAACCUAAAUGUCUGUCGACAGAUGAAUGGAUAAAGAAGAUGUGGCACAUAUACACAAUGGAAUAUUACUCAGCCAUAAAAAAAAGAGAGCCAGCAAGACUGAAAUGCAAAACAAAAACAGGUCCCAAAAGGUUGUUGAAGUAAUUAUCCACAAGUGUAUCACUCCACCUUUUCUUCUUCUAUGUUUCCCAGAGGGGCCAAAGUCCUGGCUGUUGAGUUGGAGGGAGCAGAGUGUGGGAAGAGCUCUGGGGCGACAGAGAGAAAGCUGGCCGGGC